CCGGAAGGGGCGUGGCUUCGGCUCUCUGUUUCUGGUACCAAGAAAUAUGAGCAGAGUGAGACCUCUUCAGUUGGACAAGAGUGAAGACAACCUGAAGGACAAUGUCUCCGUUUAUAAAGUCACUGACAAUGUCAGGCAGGAGAAUAGCUGCAGCUUGUGUUGUACGGAAUCACUCCUCUCUUACAACUGAACUGAUUGAAAACAUGGACAAGAAAGCAACCUGGGACCGCUUCUACACUGAGAGCAGCAGCAGGACAACCACCUUCAAAAACUUUGAGUGGUUCUUUGGCUUCGAUGCUGUCCGGGACUUCAUUAUGCCCCUCUUGCAGACCAAGCCCCACCCUGAUGCUCUGCUCCGAGUCCUGGAUAUGGGCUGUGGCACUUCUGCCCUAGGGCCCUGUAUUUACAGACACUCUCCUCUCCCGGUCCAGGUCACUUGUGCAGACAUUUCCCCCAUAGCUGUGCGACUAAUGCAGGAACAAGUCCAAGCCAAAGCCAUUCAACCUCACAAUCUUUCUUCUCAGCUUGAGUUCGUAGAGCUGGACUGCACACAGCUUCACAAGCACUAUGGUUGUAGCAGUGUGGACCUUAUAGUUGAUAAGGGCACCACAGACGCCUUGUUGAGGUCUAAGGAAGGGAAAGGGAAGGCCGGUCUGUUGCUGAAGCAGUGUUUGAAGGUGUUGAGGAGCUCAGGAUCUCUGCUCCAGUUCUCCGAUGAAGACCCUGAUGCCAGACUGGUGUGGCUGGAGACUGGGGCACAGCAGCCGGGGGUGAUGGCAGCAGAUGUUGGGGUGCAUGAGGUUAGAGAGCUAAGAGGAAUGUCUUACUACUGCUACCAAGUGACUCCUCGCCCUGGAUGGAUGCCUGCUGAAUGAACUAAGAGACUUGAAGGGCCUGGAGGAGACGAGAACUGGAGCGCAUGGAACAAACAUUUGAUGGUUUGCUCUCCUGCUCUCGAAGAUGAUACAGGACUCUCCGUUCCAGGACCAGCAGAUUCAAGAACAGCUUUCUCCCCUCAGCUGACACCUUGCUGAACUCUGCACCCUGGCAACAGCAAUCAUACACACACUGUUAAUACUGCUCAUAUUGUACAUAUCUAUUGUAUUCAUAACCCUUACUGUUUAUUUCACAUAAAAUUUGAUUCUGUAUAUACACUGUACAUAGUGCAUUUCUUUGUCUCAGUACCUGUGCUUUGUACAAUGACAAAGUCAAUCCAACAAUUUCAUCUGAUUUAAGUUUUUAAUACAUACUGUACUUUUUUUCGACAUGCUACUAUGACAUUUUUUUUGACAUGUAAAAAAAAA